CGUGCCCCCACACCCUACCAGGCCUGUCCCGUGCCCCCACACCCUGCCAGGCCUGUCCCAUGCCCCCACACCAUGCCAUAUCUGCUCUGUGCCCCCUCUCUCUGUCAGGCCAGCCCUAUGCCCCCACACCCUGCCAUAUCUGCUCUGUGCCCCCACACCCUGCCAGGCCAGCCCUGUGCCUCCUUCCCGUCAUAGUGAUCUAUUACGGUCUUUAUUAGUGAUUCUCCUGGUGGCCUGCUUGUGCCCUGUUCACCCUGUUGUUUUUGUUAUACAGACUGUGGACAUGGAAGACACAGAGCUGCCCUCAGGACUGUUGGAAAUCUGUGUGGUGAUAGGAGCCAACUCAGAGAAGAUUCGAGAGAUUGACAAGGUUUUACAAAAAGGGAUAAGAAGUUUACAAGACCUUGAGCCCGAGAUCCUCUCUGUUUUUGUACCUCCUUUCGCACCAAAAGAAGAGACCCAAGUUCACAGCACCUCUCAGAAUAACUUCCACCGGGGGGCAAAGAGACGUUCCUUUAGAAAGAAGAAGGACAAGAACAAACCGGAGAAUGUCCAUAGCAAUGGUACCGACCAGAAAGACACGGAGGACAUCAGUGUGCCGAAAGACAUCGAUCUUAAUGGACUGCCCAGCCUCUGCUUUCCAGGAGGGCUACAGUUGACGUCAGAACCCAAGGAGGACCACUUCCAUUUCUUGGUGUUCACAGAUGUAUGUGGAAAUAGAACGUAUGGCGUUGUCGCUCAGUUCUGCAGAGCUGUUCAGGACGCGUUGGGUUUGUGUAACGGACAGGCGUUCUGGGAUUCCUCCACGACUGCUAAUACAAAGACCAGAAAUGUAUUUGUUCAGUUUGCUGUGUGUGUAAUAUCCAGGUACCCUUACUACAGCGCGCUGAAGGACUGCCUUUCUUGCUUAAUGAUACAAUUGAAAUGCUGUAAAGAUACAGACGUCGAUGGUCAUGUUAAGGAAUUUGCAGCAAAAUUGUCCUUGAUCCCGAAUCCACCUCCGGGACCACUAAACCUGAAGUCUUUCUUUCAGGUGUUUUGCAUGAAACCUCUUCAAAUUGUAUUUCCGUCACGAGAAGACCCAGACAGCCCUAUCAUUGAUCUGGAUCUUCACCUCCCGUUUCUCUGCUUCACCCCAAAACUAGUGUUACAGAUCAUGUCCUGCAUUCUCACCGAGCAAAGGAUUGUCUUCUUCUCAUCAGACUGGGCCUUGCUCACGCUCAUCGCCGAGUGCUUCAUGAUCUACCUGCAUCCCAUGCAGUGGCAGCACACGUUUGUACCCAUUUUAUCCCGUCAGAUGCUGGACUUCAUCAUGGCGCCCACCUCCUUUCUAAUGGGGUGCCAUUUGGAUUACUACGAGCAGGUCUGCAAGGAAGCAGAAGAUUUAAUCUUAAUUAAUAUUGAUUACGGCAGCAUUGUCUGCUCUCUAAAUGGCGAAGAAGACAUUGAAAUUCCGGAUAUUCCCGUGGAAGCCGCAGAGAACUUUAUAGCACGAGCUCAGAGUCUUCAGUUUCAUUAUGACCUCGAAAUGUCUCACCUCAGUUCCUCCGUGGACAUCGGCGAGCAACGUAUGCGCCGAAAGCUCUGGCAACAGAAUCUGAACUCAGAGGUCCAGGAAAUCGCGUUGGAGCUUAUUGUGAACAUAUUCCGAGAUGUCAAAGGCCAUCUGAACUAUGAGCACAGAGUGUUUAACAGCGAAGAAUUUCUAAAGACAAGAGCGUGCGGAGACCAUCCUUUCUAUAAAAAGGUACUAGAUACAUAUACAUUCCACUCAUUCCUUAAAGUUCGUCUAAACAAAAAGAUGGAUAUCUUUGCACGCAUGGAGCUCAGUACUUCAUCCGAAACAGAUGGACACAUGAAUUUGCUCCUUGAUAGCCCAAGAAGACGAGGCACAGACAAAAUAAAGCGCUUCCGUCCUGAAUACAUGUUCAGCAAGAAACUAGUUAUCAGCAUGCCUAAUCUACAAGAUGACACCAUGCAUGAUGUACCCAUACGCCAUUACUCACUACGAAUGCCAAGUCAGGACAAUGGUGUGAAUAUUCCAGAUAAGACCGUUUACACUUUUAAGCUGCCAGAAAUUAUGUUUCCUCUUGUGAAUCGCUGUGUCCAGAGCUACUACUCUGACUUCAACAAUUAUCUCAGCAGAGAAAUCAAUUGUCUACCUCCUGAGAACUCUGCUCUGCUUGCUCGUUACUACUACCUCCGGGGCCUUGUUUACCUGAUGCAGGGCAAACUGCUCAACGCGCUUUCAGACUUCCAGAACCUGUACAAAACAGACGUUAGGAUUUUCCCUCUUGACUUGGUCAGGAAAGUUCUCCUGAUUCUGCCACCUUCAGAACGCCAGCAGGCGGAACGCAAACCUGAGCUCAAGAGACUCUUCAGCCAAGUCUUGGAGAAAGAUAGGGACGCGGUCAGGGCAGACGAUCGGGUAAAGAAAUUUGAGUUGCCGAAGACUCACAUGCAGCUGAAUGACUUUGUCCGACGAGUUCAAGAAUCUGGUAUUGUUAAAGAUAAGGAUACGAUCCAUCGGCUGUUUGAUGCCUUAACAGUAGGUCACCAGAAACAGGUCGAUCCUGAUAUCUUCAAGCACUUCUACACUUAUUGGAAAGAAACGGAAGCAGAGGCCGAGGAUGUCAACCUCCCUUCUGUGGUUACAGAACACCUAGACAAGAAUGAAUUUGUCUACAAGCUGUCAAACUCUGUUAAAACCAAUUAUGGAGUUGGGAAGAUUGCUAUGACUCAAAAACGCCUGUUUCUCUUGUCCGAAGGUAGACCUGGCUACACCGAGAUAACAACGUUUAGGAAUAUAGACGAUGUUAAGUGCACAACUGUCUCAUUAUUUGUUUUACGGAUUCCAACUCUUCGAAUAAAAUCUUCCUCAAGAAAGGAAGUAUUUGAGGCCAACCUGAAGUCAGAGUGCGAUCUGUGGGAUCUGAUGAUUAAGGAGAUGUGGGCUGGCAGGAAAAUGGCCGAUGAUCACAAGGACCCAGAGUACAUCCAGAAAGCCUUGAAAAACGCCCUGCUAAUGGAUGCCGUUGUUGCUUCUCUCCAAACCUCGAAAGCCAUUUAUGCUGCUUCCAAACUCUCAUACUUUGACCAAAUGAAGAAAGAAGUGCCAAUGAUGCUUCCCAUAACAACUGCAGAAACGCUGAAGCACAGAAUUAACCCAUCUUCGGGCGAGACCAUUGUGCAGUCUGUGGACGUGCUGCUGUAUACCCCAGGUCAACUUGAAACAUCAGAAAGAGACGACGCUCCGAAGCUGUGGUGCUCUCUGAGUGAGGGGAAGGUGGUCGUAUUCAAUGCUUCCACGUGGUCUGUCCAGCAGCACUGUGUUCGAGUGGGAAAUGCCAAACUGAAGUGCAUGACCGCAGUAGAACAAAACCAGGUGUGGAUCGGAUCGAGCGACUCCACAAUUUAUAUAAUAAACAGUCACAGCAUGUCCUGUAACAAGCAGCUCACUGACCAUCGCACAGAGCUGGUGGACAUAGCACUGGAUACGUGUGUCAGUGACAGGAGGAUCGCCUACUCUUGCAGUGCAGAUGGUAAAGUUUUUGCCUGGGAUAUAAGUACCCUGAAAAUACAUGAGAAGUUUCAUAUUCAAUGUCAGAGUGUAACAUCGAUGAGAACCCACAACGAUUUGCUCCUGUUCUGCACAAGAGACUGCGUUCUUGUAACAAUGAAAAACGGACAAUUGUUUCAGCAAUUAGAAAUUACAGAAAAUCUCUGUAAGUUCGGCUCCUCCUUCCACUGCAUCCAGAUGUUUUCUGAUAAGGGACAGUUAUGGGCGUCAUGCAAAGGGAGCAACGUCAUUUUUAUUUUUGACAUUAACGACUUUUCCAGACCUUCAUUCAGAAUCCAUCUUCAGGACUGUACAGCCAUCAUGUGCAUGCUGAAAGUUAAACAACAGAUAUGGGUUGGCACUAAAGGAAUAGCUCAGGGUAAAAUUAAAGGGAAGAUUUAUGUUAUCAAUGUGGAAACCCGAAACGUGGCCAAGGAACUGGUUGCACAUGCAGACGUUGUAAAAUCCUUGUGUUCUGCGGAGGACAGAUAUGUUUUAAGUGGAUCUGGUAAAGAAGACGGAAAGGUGGCAAUUUGGAAGGUGGAAUAAAUGGACAGAGAUCUUUAUUUGGAACAUUAUUUGUCCCAUUCUCCGUGCCAUGGGAAACUGUUAUCUGGACCCAACGCUGGUUCAGUCUUGUGUUACAGUCGGAAGAUGUGGAAUUGCAUCCGUGAAAGGAGGUUUUAUUAACAGAUCAGCUCUUGGUAAUCAAAUCAUGGAGAUACUCCAUUUCCUGUCCAAGGAUUAUACAUUACAUAAAUCUCUGCAAAAAGUAUUAUGUAGGACAUCCAUCCAUCAGUGACCUGUUCUGACCAAAGACCAAUACUUGCACAUUUUGACCCAGUCUUGGAUUUAUUUCCGUUUUAAUGUGAUCUUCUUUACCGAGUUAAAAAAAAGAAGCUUAUUAUGAAAUCAGAAAGAAUUCCAUUACAUGUAGGAGGUUUGAUAUCUAGAACUCUGUAUCCGUUUGAGCGUUGUUAACUUCUUUGUUAGAAGACUUGUUGGACUUGGUUAUCUAACCGCAUGGGGCUUUCACAAAUCGGUGUGGAUUUUUAUUCCUAAAUGGAGGUUUGCUGCUAAGAGACACAUACACAAUAAUUACUUUGAGUUUAGAGUUAUACAGUAUAAACUCCAUCUCAGCUCUACCUCCCCGGACC